GUUUCCAUUCAAGACCUCUGAAUACCCUCAUUUUGAGGCAGGUAUGCUGAACCAUUGAUCUACUGUAUCUUGGCAACGUGCUUAGGACGCCCUCGCACACCACAACAUGACAACGAAGUUCUUACCCGACCUUGACGACGUUGCAUUGGAAAGCUCGAUUGAUUGGCUGCCCUUUCUCGGAAUGAAAACAUCAUCUCUUUCGUGUUUCAGGAUGGCAGCGCCAUCACCAGCACCAUCGGCUUAGGCAACGCGCCCCCGCACGCGAUUGCGGAUAGAAACCUCGGAGGCUCCAUCAAGUGAGACCAGCUUCUGUCUUCCAUGCCAGCGGGCGGCCUAGUUCCCCUCCCGUCCAAGCCAUCGUGAAGAGGUACCGGCGGCAUUGGAACGUCACUGGGAAUUCCAACCGAUUCCAACCACCUGGUGGUGUUUGUCCUAACCUCCUCUUGUUAUCCGUCUGUUGCGUUUGCGUCUGUCUCUCCGUCGUCAUCACCAACCUCGUCGCCGCUCGUCUCUGCGCCUUCCAGGCACUAUGAAUGUUCUUUUAAGAGUUGCGACUUGACCUCAACCCUUUUCAUCUGCUCUUGAGAGGAGCUCACGGCCACAUCAAGCACAAUCCUUCGUUAGUGAAGCCAAACCGAAUAGCACUAUGAUAUCAAACCGAAUCGUUCGUUUUGCGCUCUUAUGCGCCAGCUCAUCGAUCCUUUAUACGACGCCCGGGCGAGCAUCUCCCACAUCGUCAUCAUCCUCAACAUCGCCGGCAGCAUUUGCCUUCCCCUCCUGCGUCGAGAGCUGCGUCAACGUGUCCGGCUGUGGCACCGACAACCCGCAAUGCAUGUGCAAGUUCGCAGGCAAAGGCAUCUUCCUCGAGCUGGCUCUGACCUGCAUGUCCUACUACUGCGAAGCCGAACUCCGCCGUGCCGACGACACUUUGAUCGAUAUCAUGAAAGCUGGUUGCCAAGCCAUCCGCCAACCGAUCCCUGAGGAGAAGCUGGAAAUGGCUGAGGUAUGGGCUACCAGGCUGGUGAAGGACCUUCCCCCAUCGCCAACAAUUGCGACCACGACAGUGCAUCACCCUUUGCCUACAACGGCGACUACGACGCAUGUACCUUCACCAGCAACUACGACAAAGCCAACGGUUGUACAAACUACACUAAAAUCGCCUUCAUCAAUAAGCACUUCUCCAUCAGCCGCCACCGCCUCCGCGCCAGAAAGCACCAGCAGCAUCAACACCGCCACCACGCUUCAACCCCAGACUUCCUCAACCAAACCAGCCAACGAAGCAGCUACGUCUGCUCGCGCACCAAAACCACGCCCAGAUUCGAGUCCGUAUGGGCCGUUUGUCGGGCCGAUCCCUAGUUCUGCCGUCAUGGCCGUCAUGGUUUCACUGCCCUUCUUGCAUUGGGAAUUGACACUUGUGUAUUUGGCUGUUGCUGGGUGUUUGUUUGCAUAGCUGGAGUUGUCCUAAGUGGGCCGAGUCGAUCUGGGAGAGAAUGUAGAGAUAAGGAGAAAGGAGAAAUGAAGAGGGUGGGGUUCAUGAGUUGAUCAGUUAUGAGAAAAGAGCAAAACCAGAAAGCAGGCUUUCUUGUGUUUAUUACGGGGAAACACCAUGAAUAUGGUGGAGAGAGGAGAGCGGGAAGGGCAUUGGCGUGGCAUUUGUGAUACCCUGGUAAAAGAAAGAAUCUGGGAAUGGCAAUCGUCCUAAAAGUUGUACAUCAAACAGUGGACGGUGACAGAAUUUGGAUACAUUCAAACGAGUGUAAUUCUAGAACUCCAAGAAAUCAGAUCAUAAGUGACUUCUUCAUCUGUCUUCAAGCAGGGAAGGUCUAAUUUAGAGAGUCAU